UAGGCAGAGAUGGAUAAAAAAAAAAUGGAUAGAUUGCCUUCUUUUUGUUAAGUCAACCCUACAAGAGACAACCAGAUUGAUUUUGAUGUCUGCAUAGUCUGUGAUAAUUUGGGGAGCUAUGUCAUCUCUUGAUGCUGGUCCAGUGUUUGUUUUUCUCCCCAAUCUAAAGUCAGCUUGCAGGUGUGGCAAAAUUUUUUAGAAGAGCAAUUCGCUUUGAUUGUACAUAACCGGCCAGUGAACUAAUCUGACCUGAACCCUAAAAAGAAUCAGACUGAUCACCUCUAUGCCACGCUGCAUUGAUGCAGUAAAUUAUGCAUAAAGAGCCCCAACUAAUGAAACAUACCAAUAUAUGAACAUACUUUUCAGAAAUCUCAAUAUCGUUUUAAAAACCUCUUAUUAUUCACUUUUCAACUCAAUUACAAAAAUCGUGUACCUACAGAUUAAUCUGGUAAAUGGCAAUCAAAACAUAAGAAAUUGCUUUCGUUAGCGUUUUCUGCAGGAAACAACCCCAAUACAGGGACUGUAUUGAUGUCGUUUGCCGUGUUGCUUCAUGAUGCAAAUCGCUCCAAUUCCCAACGCCGCCUGGACCUUGAAACGCAGCAGCGUUUACCGCUCCAAGCUUGGAUAUGUUCAAUAACAGUGACAUCUUGAGGAAGCUGAAACUCUUCAAGCCUCCUCUCUCUGCUCCACCUCCAGACUCUGCUGCACCGUUCCUCCCACCCUCAUGCUUCCCAGCAGAAACGCAGAGGUGUUUGAUCCAACUUGCCGUGCAGUGGCUGGGGGUGAUUUCCUACUUCGCCGGACUUCAAGGUGUCUCCGCGCUCUGCGAUAUGGCCAUCUCUAUCUCCCUCCAGUGCCUUGGCCUCACAACACUCGCAGCUGUCCUCCUGCAGACGGUCGCGGUGGCCAUAAGCUUCAUGUACUUCCACAAAGUCCUGAACACGAUGCAGGACAGUUUUUCCCGGAGCAGCGUAUCCUGUCUGACAAAUGCGAAGCUGCAGUCAGAGUUCCAGGACCCAGCAGCUGAGGGCAGGAAAAGCAGUGAUCCCUGUUGGCAGGUCACACAGCAGCUCCACUACCACAUCGAGAAGAUUGCUGACAGAUUCCAGAGGGAGAUAUCCACUGCCAUGAGAAAUAAGUUGACGGGAGUGCUGCCUAUCUUGGGCCCUGGGGUCCGUGGGGUCCCUCUUCCUAAAGUCGCUGCCCAUGUGACCGGCGUUGCCUCGUCGUCAAAGGCUCCAGCAGCACCAGAAAGCCCGCGGAGCAGCAGGGGGUACUCUGGCGAGCGCGUCCGAGCAUGGGAGGGCCAGAGGGGUCUGUCCUUCCUGCAGAACAUGGAGCUCAAAGGAGGGGAGCUGCUCGUACCAAGUGCUGGCCUGUACUACGUCUACGCCCAGACCUACUUUAGGCUUCCGUCUGUGGGGGAGACGGACGGGGAAGCAGCAGACGACGAGGGGGCAGAACUCGUCCAGUACAUUUAUAAAAAGAUGAGUUCCUACACAGGACCCAUCCUGUUGAUGAAAUCGUCCCGGAGCGUGUGCUGGCCUCGGGGUCAGGAGCCAGGCCUCUUCUCCCUGCAUCAGGCCGGCACCGCUUUCCUGCAGCCGGCCGACCGCCUUUUCGUCACCGUCAGCAACGCCAGCGCCAUGGAGAUGGACGGGAGGGCGAGCUACUUUGGGGCUUUCCUGGUGGACUAGCGGCGUUAACUGAGGGCUUUCCGGAAUCGACAGUAGACUGCGUCAGUCGCCGUGUGAAGAAACGGGACUGGAAGACGAGAAGAACUUCUUAUGGAGAGUGGAGCCGGGAUCGCUCUGAGCUGCAGAGGGAAACACUGAAUGCACCGCUGCUCAAAAAGGAACGAAGAUGAGCCAUUUAUGCUGUGCAUAUACUCCACCAGUGACUUGCGAGCACAGAUCGUAUGUAGCAGUGGCUGGAAACAAGAAUGCAUGUGGGUUAAGUUGGAGAAACUGAAUUGCAAACAUUGGAAUUGCUCUCUGUCGAGAGAACUGACCAAAUGGACGUCACUGUGCAAUUUUUCAACGUUUCCCAGCGAUGGACACAUAUGUUUCUCAUAUAUGGUAUUGUUUACAAAUGUAUUCGUACUGAUAAAUUGAUUUAAUUGAUGUUUUUUUCUCAGGGUGUAACAAGAAGUAAAAGUUGUAUAUAUUACAUUGAACUUAAUGUACUCUGGGUCUAGUUUUCUCAGCAAAUAUUAUAUUCCUGUUUUGAACUACAAAUCUCAAUUUUCAGUCGGUCAUACUUUUUUUAAAAAUUAUUAUAUUCAUCAAUCGGUCGAUACUUUGUAUAGUUUUUUUUUUUUUUUUAGGGUGUUCUGAAAAUGCAUCUAAAACAAGCCCAAAAUUAAACUUUUCUAAGAUGAAUGUAUGUAGACGAAAGCUAUGCCUUGAAUAUAAGCGAAUCAAACUCCUCCCUUAAUCACAUCUGUCCACACAAUAAGACACAAAGCUGAAAAAGUAAAAAACUAUCUUUUAAUUCAUGUUGUUACAUGUCUCCAUAAUAUGGCAGUGAAUGUUUCAGCAAAUAACUGUCACUCCUCAAACAAGACUUUUACAUUACAAAAAAAAAGGACAUAGAAAAAACAAAAUUAAGGGUUCAAGUAAUGCCCAAAACAAAUACAUCUUUGAAACCCACACGCGCGCGCACACACACACACACACACAGGAAGAUAGGACACGUUUGCUGAUCAAACUUAAAAGUCCACCUGCUACUUUUCCUGGUCCACAAGUAGAGAAGUUGUGUUUUCUCUCUGUUCAGUUGUUUUUUUUGUUUUCUUUUUCUUUUGGUCACCAAUACUGGACUGACGGACAUGUUGAGAAGGUAAACACAAACACAGACAACACACAGCCUCGUGAAACGUUUCUUUGUGAUAUAACCAAAACACUCGGAUACCAAACCUCCAACAGUAUCAAAAAUAAAUCUGGUAUAAUCUCUGAUUAAUCAGGACUUUACGUGUGUGAGUAUGUUGGGGAAGCAGGGGAAUUUUUUUUUUUUUUUU